CGAGACAGCGGACCGAGAGCCGCGACGGUGGACCGAGAUGGCUUUCGCCCGACUUGCUCUGGGUCGUCUCUGGCAUCUUGGACAUCUGUCAUCGAAAGCUGGGGUAUAACCACCAGCACCAAGACGUCGCCCAUCGGAUAUGUUCUUUCUGCGUUGCAUGCAUCCGCGGCGCUCGCCUCUUGGCCCUGGCCUCUGGCGAUCGUUUAGCACCGGCGCAGGACCCUCGACAGAUGCACCGUCGGCAUCGCUCCUGCAGCGACUGAUCCGAAACAAGCACCUGGCCAAAUAUGCCGAGCAGUUCCGGGCCGCGCCGGGGUCGCAUCUGGUGUCGUUCCUGGUCCUGCACGAACUCACGGCGAUCGCACCCCUGCCGCUGCUGUACUUUGGGCUGAGCUACUUUGACAUCCAAAUCCCGUUUCCGGAGGAGAUCCUGGCCGAGGGCAACCGACGCAUGACCCGGCUGCUGCAACUGGCGGGAGCGCCGGUGUCGCUCAGGGACGACUCGCAGAUGAUGCUGCAUCUGGUGACGUCGUAUGCCCUCGUCAAGGCAGCGAUGCCACUCCGUCUGGGCCUCUCGGUGUUUCUGACGCCGUACUUUGCAAGAUUUGCGGUCCUGCCUCUGACCAACGCCAUGAAGCGCCUGCUGCCGGCCCGGGCGACCAAGUAGAUGUGGCUCUGGGCAGGCGACCGCAACGAAAAUGGGCAGGCGACCACGGCGAAAACAAGCUUGCCGACACAAGCUGGUCUGCAGACAACCGGCGAAAACAAGCGAGCCGAUCACGACGCCCUCAGCGUCGACCAAUACAUGAAGCGACACGACGAAAGUAAU